AUUGCCACAAAAAAAUCAAAAUUGGCCUUCAAUAGACCCUUCUUCUUAUGUGAGGAUAAAAGUCGCUCCCCCUUUUUUUCAUCUCUCCCUCUCGAGCUCCACCUGCAACUCUCCUUCACAAGACGAUGGAGGCUUCAUCUAUCAUAUGCGCUUCCGUCCCAUUACAGGUGAAGUCUAAAUCCCCUUUCACCUCCUCUUCUUCAAGAAACCCAAAUUCUGUGCCGUCGAAUCGAUUCAUACCCACCAAGAACAACAAGACUGUUACCUUGCGGUGUUUUCAUUCACAUGGCCGCCGUGCUGCCGCUGCUUCGCCUCGUUACUUUACCACUAAGACUGCUUGGGAUAGAUGCACUUCUCCAUCAGAUAAACCGUUGAUCCAGAGGCCAUUGCUAGAUCAAUGUACAAGGUUCUCUUGCUUUCAUCACGGGCGGAGAAAACGAGGUCUUAUAUGCAAAUCUACUCCAAGAGUGUUCUCAGACAAAUCUAGGUUUCAUCUGUCAAAGCAUGGAGUAGACAAUAUAUUUGAAAAACAGGUUCGAGUUCGAUGUGCAGCUGUAGGUCCUGAUGAGCCACAUGCAGCAAGUACAGCCUGGCCAGAGGGUGUUUUGGAGCAGCAGUCUUCUGAUUAUAUGGUUGACACAGAAAGCAGCGAAUGGAGGGAGUUACAGGGAUUUUUAGGUUCUGAACUUCCAUCCCAUCCAAAGUUGUAUAGGGGACAACUAGAGAAUGGACUUCGCUACCUCAUCUUGCCCAACAAAGUUCCCCAAAACAGGUUUGAAGCCCACAUGGAGGUUCAUGCGGGAUCAAUUGAUGAGGAAGAUGAUGAGCAAGGUAUUGCACAUAUGAUUGAGCAUGUCGCAUUUCUUGGAAGUAAGAAGCGGGAGAAACUUCUAAGGACUGGUGCACGCUCAAAUGCUUAUACAGAUUUUCAUCAUACAGUAUUUCACAUCCAUUCACCAACUUGUACACAGGAUGUUGAUGAUGAUCUACUUCCAGUUGUUUUGGACGCUUUAAACGAGAUAGCUUUUUUCCCGAAAUUCCUUGCUUCUCGGGUUGAAAAAGAAAGGCGGGCCAUACUAUCAGAGCUGCAAAUGAUGAACACUAUUGAGUACCGUGUUGAUUGCCAGUUGUUGCAACAUUUACAUUCUGAGAAUAAGCUGAGUAGAAGAUUCCCAAUUGGACUAGAAGAGCAGAUUAAGAAGUGGGAUGCAGAUAAAAUCAGGAAAUUCCAUGAGCGUUGGUACUUCCCAGCGAAUGCGACUUUGUAUAUUGUUGGGGAUAUAGACAACAUUGCGAAGACUGUUCACCACAUCGAGGCUGUUUUUGGGCAGAAACAUGUUGACAAUGAGACUCCUGUAGCACCUAAACCUAGUGCAUUUGGUGCAAUGGCUAAUUUUCUUGUUCCUAAGUUCACAGGAGGUAUAUCUGUUGAUUCUUCACAUGACAGAUCACCUCUUCCAGUGGACCAAUCAAAAGUUCUUAAAAAAGAAAGGCACGCAGUUCGUCCUCCUGUUGAGCAUAAUUGGUCCCUUCCUGGGAGAAACGAGGAUCCAAAGUCACCCCAGAUAUUUCAGCAUGAACUACUUCAAAAUUUUUCCAUUAACAUGUUCUGUAAGAUUCCUGUGAACAAGGUUCAGACAUAUGGUGAUUUGCGUAAUGUUCUUAUGAAGAGGAUAUUUCUUUCGGCUUUGCAUUUUCGCAUCAACUCAAGAUAUAAGAGUUCUAGCCCACCGUUUACAUCCAUUGAGUUGGAUCAUAGUGACUCUGGAAGGGAGGGAUGCACUGUUACUACUCUUACAGUAAGCGCUGAACCUAAGAGUUGGCAAAGUGCAAUUAAAGUGGCUGCGCAAGAGGUUCGCAGGCUUAAGGAGUUUGGCGUUACAAAAGGAGAAUUGGCGCGUUAUCUGGACGCUCUAUUAAAGGACAGCGAACAGUUAUCUGCUAUGAGUGAUAAUAUAUCAUCAGUGGAUAACUUGGACUUCGUUAUGGAGAGUGAUGCACUUGGCCAUAGGGUUAUGGAUCACAAACAAAGUCAUGAAAGCUUAAUUGCUGUUGCUGGAACAAUCACUCUUGAAGAAGUGAAUUUUGUCGGUGCACAAGUGCUAGAGUACAUAUCAGAUUUUGGAAAAGCAUCUGCACCCGUUCCUGCAGCCAUUGUUGCAUGUGUUCCAAAGAAAGUACAUGUUGAUGGAGCAGGUGAAAUUGAGUUCAAGAUAUCCCCAAGUGAGAUAACAGAUGCAAUUGAAGAAGGUUUGAAGGAACCUAUAGAACCCGAGGCAGAGUUUGAGGUACCGAAGGAAUUGAUAACCUCGACAGAGCUGCAUGAUUUGAAAUUGCAACUUAACCCCUCUUUUGUACCUGUUGGUUUAGAUUUGAAUGAUACUAAGCUUCAUGACAGAGAAACAGGGAUCACACAGCGUCGUCUCUCGAAUGGGAUUUCUAUAAACUACAAGAUUUCCAAAAGUGAAACAUGUGGCGGGGUGAUGCGGCUUAUAGUAGGUGGUGGACGAGCAGCAGAAACACCAGAAGCAAGGGGAGCUGUUGUUUUGGGCGUUCGAACUUUGAGUGAGGGAGGACGUGUGGGGAACUUUUCAAGGGAACAGGUAGAGCUGUUCUGUGUAAAUCAUCUGAUUAACUGUUCACUCGAGUCCACAGAAGAAUUCCUUUGUAUGGAGUUUCGUUUUACCACAAGAGACAAUGGAAUGCGUGCCGCAUUCCAGUUGCUUCAUAUGGUACUUGAGCAUAGUGUUUGGCUUGACGACGCAUUUGAUAGAGCAAGACAACUAUAUUUAUCAUAUUAUCGCUCUAUUCCGAAAAGCUUGGAACGCUCAACUGCUCAUAAGCUCAUGAUUGCUAUGUUGGAUGGAGAUGAACGAUUUGUUGAGCCCACACCAUACUCGUUAGAAAAUUUAACAUUGCAGAGCGUAAGAGAUGCAGUGAUGAAUCAGUUUGUUAGUGAUAACAUGGAGGUGAGCCUUGUCGGGGACUUUUCAGAAGAGGAUAUCGAGUCUUGUGUAAUGGAUUACCUAGGCACUGUUAGAGCAACAAGAGGUGCCGCAAGAGCACUGAGUUAUACCCCAAUCCUUUUUCGACCUUCUCCCAAUGAGUUGCACUUUCAGCAAGUGUUCUUGAAGGACACUGAUGAGCGAGCAUGUGCAUAUAUUGCAGGCCCUGCGCCAAACCGCUGGGGAUUUACAGUUGAUGGAACAGAUCUUCUUGAGUCCAUAAGUAAUAUGUCAGUUAAGAAUGAUGUACAACCAGAAACCGAAGGACAGCUCGUGAAGGCAGAGAACAUCAAUACUGACAUGCAAAGAAGACCUCGGAAUCACCCAUUGUAUUUUGCAAUUGCUGUGGGGCUGUUGGCAGAGAUAAUUAAUUCGAGGCUUUUCACUGAAGUCAGAGACUCCCAAGGAUUAACAUAUGAUGUAUCUUUCGAGUUAAACCUAUUUGACAGGCUGAAUCUUGGUUGGUAUGUUAUCUCUGUAACAUCUACACCGAGCAAGGUACACAGGGCUGUUGAUGCUUGCAAGAGUGUCCUAAGAGGCUUGCAUAGUAAAAGGAUUGCUGAACAUGAAUUGGACCGGGCGAAACGGACCUUGCUGAUGAAACAUGAAGCUGAAACAAAGUCAAAUGCCUACUGGCUCGGUUUGAUAGCUCAUUUGCAGGCCACUUCUGUCCAUAGGAAGGACAUUUCAUGCAUCAAAGAUAUGACGAUGCUGUAUGGAGUUGCGAGUAUUGAGGACGUAUACCUGGCAUACGAACAAUUGAAGAUUGAUGACCAGUCCUUGUACUGUUGUAUUGGCGUAGCUGGUGCUCAGGCUGGUGACGAAGUUACAGGUUCUACACAAGAUGAAGAAUACGUGGGAGGUCUUCCUGGUGUUAUUCCUGUGGGACGAGGUUCCCACACUAUGACAAUGCCAACUACAUAAUCGUUCUAGAUCAUGAUAAUUUGGCUUACUGCCCGGAUGAAGACCAACCAUACGGUACACAGUCGUGAUUUGUGAAGACAUAAUUGACCACCCAUUCAUCAGCUGAGAUCGUACGAUAAGACCUACAGUAGUAGAAGAAAUUCAAGUGGUAAAUUCACAAUAGGCUAAUUGUUGCAAGCAAGAGAUGGAUCAUAGGUACUUGCUAUAAAUUUGUGUAUGUAUUCUAGUCGAGUCAUGAAAUAUAUUGAGCAAUAUACAUGUACUUGGCUAAUAAUGGAGCAUUUGGAUGGUGAUGUAGAUAUUCAGUGACUGGCUAUGUACAUUUAUAACCUUUUAUACGGAAAAAUGAGCAUCGUUGAUCUU